AUGAGAGCACCAGGCGUAUCUGGCGUUGACUCCUACUCAGCCUUAUGCAUUGCAGCAAAGAGUGAGGAGCGUAGGCUCCAGGAAUUGAGGAAGAGGCAACAGUAUCAGAAGCCACCCCCCAAGACCUUCCCAGCUAGAGGAUACGGGUUUACCAACACCUUCAAUGAGAAGAGACGUGAUGGUAAGAGCGACAAGCAUACCUGUUUUGUAUGUGAUCAACCCGGUCAUUUUGCCAACAACUGCCCCUCUAGACGCACAGAGAGCCGAGGUAGAAAUCUACUGGGCAGCCAGAAAUCAGCCCCGAUGCAGACUAUAAGUGGGUUAGAACCUGAGGCAUCUGAUAGGAUGGAGGACAUGUUAGAAAUGCUUCUCUCUGACUCGGACGGAGAACAGGUUCAACUGGUACAGGUGCGAGACAAGGGUAGUAGUGCUAAAGGAGCCACAGUCCAGAUUCAAGGAGUCCCAGCAGUAGGUGUGCUAGAUAGUGGCUCCGACCUAACCAUUAUAGGGGCUGAGUUGUUCACGAAAGUAGCACUAGCAGCACGUCUACAUAAACGAGAUUUUAAAAAGGCUGAUAAGAUCCCUAGAACCUAUGACCAGAGAACCUUCUCAUUGGACGGACGUCUAGAUCUAGACAUAGAGUUUGCGGGAAAGAGCAUGAACACCCCAGUGUACGUUAGGAAGGAAGCACAAGACCAGCUUCUCCUUUCUGAAGGUGUAUGUAGACAGUUAGGUCUUAUCACCUACCAUGCAAGAGUAGAGCCUUUUAGACAACUACUUAAGGACCCCCACGGUAGCAGUACUGACGAGAGAGUAGCACAAGUACCCAUUGUUAGAGUACACCUAGUACAGUCAGUCAAUAUGCUGCCGCACCAGAGCCUUGUUGUUCCGGUCCAGACGGAUGCACAUUACGGUAGUGAAUAUGUGUUACUGGUAGAGUCCUCUAAUGAGCUCAGAGAAACCACUGGAGUUCACGUAGAAGACGCCCUAAUCAACACUUCUUGCGACGGUUUAGCCUAUCUUAUUCUGUCUAAUCCUAGUGGUGUAUCUUGUCAGAUAGAGGUGAAUGCAUGUCUUGGAGUCGUACAGCAAGUUGCGCUGGUUGACCCAGACAUGGAGAAACUGGAUGGCCCCUCUGUAAGCCGAGUAGAGGGUCACCAUCCAGCAGAACACGACAACGCUGGCCCGAGGAAGCAGAAACUAUUAGCUAUCAUAAAGAAGCCGGAAAUCCUGAAUGAGCAACAGUCGACUGAGUUUGAGACAUUCCUGACCCAACAUCAUGAUGUCUUUAGCUUAGAAGAUGGGGAAAGAGGCAAGACCAGUCUGACCGAGAUGACAAUCCUGACCGGAGACUCCCCACCACAGAGAGUACCAGCACGGAGGAUGCCAUUAGCAGUUCGUCGAGAGGUGGCCACGCAACUGAGAAAUAUACAGAAGACAGGGGUAGUACGUCCAUCAGCCAGUGCAUGGUCAAGCCCGGUAGUAAUGGUCAAAAAGAAGGAUGGGACGCAGCGCUUUUGCGUAGACUACCGUGCACUAAACGCAGUAACAAAAGCAGACACCUUUCCACUCCCUCGCAUUGACGACCUGCUGGACCAGUUGGGCAACUCCAGGUUUUUCACAACACUAGAUUUAGCCAGCGGAUAUUGGCAAAUCAGGCUCUCCCAGAGCUCCCGAGAGAAGACAGCCUUCGCUGUCCCACACGGGCUAUUUGAGUUCCAAGUGAUGCCCUUCGGGCUCACAAAUGCCCCAGCGGUCUUCCAAAGGCUGAUGCAGCAAGUACUGGCAGGAUUGAAUCCUGAGCAAGGCCCUGAUUUUGUAAAAGUCUACAUCGACGACAUAUUGGUAUUCUCCCCGUCGCUAGCUGAUCACUUAGAUCACUUGCAACAGGUGUUAGGGCGCAUUAGGAAUGCCGGGCUGAAGCUAAAGCCCAGCAAGUGCCAUUUCAUUGCUAAGGAAGUACAGUAUCUGGGGCACUGCCUGACUCCUGAGGGACUAAAGCCCAACCCCGCUACAGUGUCUGCUGUGAAGGAAUUCCCUCAACCAACAAAUUUAAAGGGGGUUCGCCAAUUUCUUGGACUAAGUUCAUUUUAUCGGAGGUUCAUUAGAGGCUUUGCAACAGUAGCUCAGCCCUUGCAUCAAUUAACACGGAAGGGAGUACACUUUAGAUGGGGUUCAGAGUGCCAGCAGGCGUUUGCAAUGUUGAAAGAUCUACUCACAUCUGCUCCAGUGCUGACUUACCCACGAGUGGAGGAUCCAUUCAUUCUUGAAACGGAUGCAAGUAUUCUUGGUCUAGGGGCUAUUCUAUCCCAGUGCCAGGAGGAUGGCCAAACCCACCCUGUAGCGUAUGCCAGUCGCUCACUCAACCAAGCAGAGCGAAAUUAUGGAAUCACGGAACUAGAGACUCUCGCAGUAGUGUGGGCCGCAACCCAUUUUAGAGCUUAUCUUUACCGGAACAAAGUCACGGUAUACACAGACCACUCUGCGGUUAAGGCAGUGUUGAAGGCACCUAAUCCCUCCGGGAAACAUGCCAGGUGGUGGACCCGGGUGUAUGGGUCGGGGAUUGAAGAAGUAGAUAUUGUGUACCGUCCUGGCAAGCAAUGUGCGAACGCUGAUGCAUUAUCUCGAAGUCCCAUCGGGCGCACUGCGGACACAAUCGAGAAUGACCCUGUGGUAACCAAGGUGACUGCUACGGAAUUACAGAAGUCCGGAACGAUCCCAGAGCUUCUGACAGCAGAUCCAGAAUUUUCUGGAGUAACGUCAUCAUUCGGCAGUGAACAACGGAAGGACUCUAACCUCAUUGCCACAUUCAACUUUCUGGAAGAACAAGUGUUACCAGAAGACCCCUCGAAAGCGAGGAAGAUCGCCUUGCAAGCACCGUUGUUUGCCGUCGUUGAGGACGUCCUGUAUCACCUCGACCCCAAACCUUCUUGCCGACGAAGAAUCGUGGUGCCAAAACACAUGACAAGGGUUUGUUGGACAAGACCCAUCGCAGUCUGAUGGGAGGCCACUUCUCGGGUCAAAGAUUGCAUAACACCCUCUCCAAGAAUUGGUGGUGGGAAGGUAUGUACACAGAUGCAAUGAAGUUUGCACAUGGUUGCCCGGAAUGCCUCACAGUGAAGGGAAGUGGAAGACAUCAGCCACCACCCUUACGUCCGAUUCAGGUUUGCAGGCCCUUCCAGAUACUUGGAGUCGACGUCAUGGACCUACCGAAGACAAGUAACGGCAACAAACAUGUAUUGGUAUUCCAGGAUUACUUCACAAAGUGGCCCAUGGUUUAUGCAAUACCAGACCAGAAAGCCCAUCGGAUCGUGGAUAUUUUG